AUGUCAUCAGAGUUGUCUCUGUCCACUUGCACCUCAAACAGCUGCGGCGGAGGUGGAUUGACUGCUGAGCACUCUGAUGUCUCAACUCAAAUGACGACAUCAGCAGGUUCAUCAUGUACAAUGAUGAGUACAAAGACAACAUGUUCAUUACAACAUCAUCAACAACAUCAACAUCAACAACAUCAACAACAACAAUAUGAUCAAUUACAAACAUCAUUCCAACAACUCUCAAUCUCAUGCACGUCGACAACAUCCACAUCAACAACAUCAACAACAACAACACAGACUUCAACAUUCCCAAUACUUAGAAUGAUGCCAGAUAUAUUAUUGAUACAUGUAUUCAGUUGCUUGGCCAAUGAUUAUGAUAGGAUUGCUUUGUAUUCAUGUUGCAAACGAUUGAUGAAUCAGAAGUUCCUUGGCACAUUGACACAGCCCAUUCACUUUGGCGAUGGAUUCCACAUGUGCUCCAUACUGAACUGCUUCCGAUCAGUGGUAGUAUCAUACCGACAUGUUCCAGCUCUGAUCAAAGUGUACCAGCGACUGGCACAUCUGCGUCCACACUUGACCAAGAUACACGUACGUCACGAUCAGACCCUGCGACGAGGCACGCGAGUGCUGGACUUUGGCCACCUUCCCGACACUCUCACAUCGGUUCGCAUUGCCGACCUCACCGAGGCCGACCUCCAGCAUGGCUUGUUGCCGGCGAAUGUCACCAAGGUCACGUUUGGCUUCAUGUUCAAUCAUCCUGUGCCUCCAGGUGUGCUGCCUGGCGGCACGCUCAAGCUCAAGUACGGAUAUCUCUAUCGACGCGCCCUCGAGCCGGGCGCCUUCCCCAACAGCCUCACUCAUCUUACAUUUGGCGACAGCUUCAAUGUACCGCUCAAUCCUGGCGACAUCCCACAAUCGGUCCAGUUUCUUGAGUUUGGACGUGCGUUCAAGGCACUGUUGCUGCCGGACAUCCUACCGACAGGUCUUCAAACAUUGAUCAUGGGCAAAUACUACAGUCACCCAGUCGAGCCUGGUGUCUUGCCGGCCAGCCUCACACGUCUAGACUUUGGUCAAUACUUUAGCAAUACUGUACGCGAGGGUUCUUUGCCCAAGGGUCUGCGCAGGAUUAAUCUUGGCAACUACAACUCACCCAUCCCACUCAUGGCGAUACUAUCAGAGGGCUUGAUCAAGCUAUCAUUCGCUCAAGCAUACAACCAGGUGAUCAGCGAUGGGUCGCUCCCAUCUACGCUCAAGUCACUCGCGUUGAGCUCAUCAUACAAUCAACCGCUUCAGGCAUUCGCACUACCUCGUGGCCUCACCAAACUGAUCAUGAGCAACUUCUAUCGAUGUCCAUUCUCGCCCAACAUAUUCCCCACGUCAUUGCUCACGCUGGACAUGCGCUGCGCCGUCGUGGACGAGACGAUGACGGCAGACGUGUUGCCUCGCUCGCUGACGAACCUCACAUUCAAGUACUUCUUCCUCAAGACAUUGGAGCCGGGCUUCCUCCCGCCCGCUCUAACCUCACUCAACAUCUAUUGUCGACAAAAGGUGCCACUUGCGCCAAAUAUGUUGCCAGAGACACUGACGAGCUUGACCCUGGACGCACCCUAUCUCGACGCGCCAUUAAAGCCACGCGUACUCCCCACUGGACUCAAGACACUCACACUCACAAUCAAUCAGAUGUUGACGCCGGGCGUCCUCCCCAUGGACCUCACACACAUGCGCUUUGGCAACAGCUUCAACCAACCAUUGGAGGCCGGCAGCCUGCCCGCCGGCCUGCGCACGCUGUUCUUUGGCGCCAGCUUCAAUCAGCCGCUCUUCCCCAAGGUGCUGCCGCCGUCGCUCACCUCCCUCUCGUUUGGGUCGAUGUUCAACCAGCCGUUCUGGUUUGGCUCGCUGCCCAAAUCGCUCGAGCUGCUCGAGUUUGGCAAUCGAUUCAACUUUCACAUUGAGCCGGGACAUCUGCCCACCUCGCUACGCAGCCUGGUCUUUGGCUACGAUUACUGUCCGCUCACGCUUGGACCGGGCGUGUUGCCAACAGGUCUGCGCAGUCUAAAGUUCUCGCAUGGCAUGCGAGGAUUUGGUCGCGACGACUCGCUCGUCGCAGAGCUUGUCCUGCCAGACUCGCUUGUCGAGCUGUACUUUGUCAACGAACUCAUAUGUCCGCCCACAUCCAAGGCGUUCAUGCAAUGGCUGUCCAAGAGACAAGCCAGCUCGUCUAGCAGUGCCAUGUCCGCUCCUCCUCCACCUCCACCUCCACAGCCCGUAACUGUCUCCAUCGCCAAGCAAUCAGCCAAGUCCAAAAAGACCAAAUGCACUGUGAUGUAG